AUAUCUACUUGCUUCAUUCAUUUAAUUAAAAGGUGUAACUGUCUCAACUCUUGGACAGGAGAUCAUUGUCAACAUAAUCUUACAAGCAAACCGGAGUGUUUACCUGGAUAUAGCGGAUUUCUAUGUAACAUUGCUUUAUGUGAUCAUGGUUACGCUUUAAACAGUAGUGGCACAAAUAAGAAUUUUACAUGUUACUGUGAUAAAGGAUGGACUCACACACAUAAUGACGACCCAUGCGACAAGGACAUAGACGAAUGUGAACUAGAUAAGAAUAUAUGCAAGAAUGGUGGAAACUGUAGCAAUACUAAUGGUUCGUAUAUUUGUAAUUGUAUUGAACCAUGGGAAGGUGAAAACUGCACGCAUUAUAAUUCAUGCAGAUUAAAUCCUUGUGAAAAUCAAGGAAAAUGUUCAAAAACAGGAAAUGAUAACGACAGAACGUAUAAAUGUGCAUGUCAACUUGGUUAUAAAGGUGAGAACUGCACUUCGGACGUUGAUGAAUGCAUUCUAAACACAUCAUGUGUACAUGGAAUUUGCUCUAAUAGUUAUGGUUCGUACAACUGUACAUGCGAAACUGGAUGGACAAGCAAAACUUGUAACGAAACUUUAGACAUUACUGUCACGAUUGAACAAACAACCAAGGUCAGACCAGAAAUAACAACUACUGAAAUUUAUAGACCUUCGUCUAAAAUAACCCGUGAAACAACAUACAAUCAAACUGCGAUUACCAAACCGACAACAAAAAAGACGACGGUAGAAAAAGGAAAUACAACGGGUGCAGCACCAAAUGACACGACUGAACAAACAACCAUGGUCAGUCCAGAAUUAACAACUACUAAAAUGUAUAGAUCUUCGUCUAAAAUAACCCGUGGAAAAACAUACAAUCAAACUGCGAUUAACAAAACGACAGCAAAAAAGACGACGGUAACAAAAGGAAAUACAGCGGAUCCAGCAACAAAUGACACGACUGAACUACCAACCAAGGUCAGACCAGAAUUAACAAAUACUGAAAUGUAUAGAUCUUCGUCUAAAAUAACCCAUGGAAUCAAGUACGAAACAUACAAACAAACUGUGGUUACCAAAACGACGACAAAAAAGACGACGGUAAAAACAACAAAUACAACGGAAACAACAAAUGACAGCAGUCUCGCAAUGAAAGAAACAAAAGAUGGAUUGCCAAUUAUUGUUGGAGCAAGUGUUGGCGGGGUUAUUAUUGCAAUUGCAGUUGUUAUUGGUAUCUACCUUUACAAAAGGAAACGAGCAAGGAUUGCCUCAGAAGAUAUAGCAGGAGACACCGGAAGGAAUGAAAAGUUUAACAACGAGCGAAUUUCCAAAACCGAACGUGUUGCACCGAAGAGCACCACUGAAUUGAAUGCAUUCACUUCUGAUAAUUGAAACCAUGUCAAACCGAUACUUUUAAGCCUGAGAUAUAGUGUACUUAAAAUUGUCUCAAGCUCAAUGCACGUGUAUCAUUUGGACAAGAAUCAUUUAUCCAUUCAUAAAUUAUACAACUUAUGUGUUUAUCAUUUGAAAAAUGAGAUACUAGUUUAAAUUGUUUCAACAGGUUUUCAUAGGCAUUUAUUAAGUACAUUUAAUGUCAUAUACAUGUAUGUAUGUUCAUCUUUAAUUUUUAUUUCACACC